AGUAGUGGUAGUAGUAGUUGCUAUUUAACGUCGGGAAAGACAGGUUGAGGUUUCGCAGGUUAUUGUAUCCUGGACUUUCUCAUAUAUCACGUGGUAUCGUACGUGGCUUUCGACAGAAAUACGGGCAUCCUUCCGAGUUGUUACGAUUGGCUGGCUAUCUAGUUAGAUGUUGAGAAUUUAGCAAGAGAAGGCCGUAUUAAAGCAGAAGGGUUAAUGAAAAGAUCACCCGCGGAAAGAUAGUGGAAUAAUGCCAGACAUACAAUGGAACUCGCCAUUUAUUCACUCUGGCUUUUAUAAAAUGGAUUUCGCUAGAAGUCACCAUGACAACUGUGGCUUCUAUUCACUAUAACACUCCUUCUUUAACCGUGUUAUACACCUCCUUCGCGAAGUCGACAUGUCGUUUACACCACCCAACAACACCAUCACUUUCCCUUUCAAAACCGAAGAAGUUGAUCCGCAUACUCUUGCAGUGAUGUCUGAUGCUGAGAGCAUGUUCACCUCUGGAAUCAAGAGCGAGCAGGACGAAGAGGAAGAAGUUCCUGCUCCUCUAUCGACUCCGAAAAAGCGCGGCAAGAAGACUACCCAUGCGAACGACGACGAUGACGACUCUCCAGCUAAAAAGACCAAGAAAAGUCCCUCCAAGAAGACUGGCGCCCUGGGCCCCAUCCCCACGACCCUCGAUGAAGCCAGCGCCGAGGAUAAAAUGAUCAUCCGCAUGAAGGAAGUGGAGGGCAAGCCCUGGGCUGAUAUCCGCAAGGCUUUGGAAAACAUCACAGGCACGAAUCUUGGGCGCAGCACUCUACAGAUCCGCUAUACCAGGAUGAAGACCAAUUUCGUUGUGUUCGACAAAGUUGAUGAGCCCCGUCUGUUCCAGGCCAAGAAGGAGAUCGAGGAGCGCUUCGAGUCGGGGAAGUGGCAGAAGAUCGCGGAUUGGAUCGAGGCCAAUGGUGGGAGCAAAUAUCCGUCGACGACUGUACAGAAGAAGUACAAAGAGCUCAACAAGAGGAACGUUGGAAACGGUGUCGCUGCUACUGCCAUGGAGGAAGAGGAGUGAUUUGGGAUUUGGGCUGUUUGGAAUCUAUAUUAUUGGAACCGUAUUCAAUCAAUGGGUGUAAUGUAAGGUGACGCAUCAAAGCAAAGUACAUAGGAUCCUGCCAGAGGCUCAGUCAACGGAGCUCGCCUUCAAUUCACUCCAG